AAGUGGGGCUGGGCUUUUGCUCGAGCACUUCCGCUGCUGCUCCGCUCGCGUGUAGGGUUUAUCUCCUCUCCUCCUCUGCGCUCGAUUCGCUUCUCGCGCACGGCAGCCGGGUUCCGAAGCGCAGUCCCGCGCCCCAGCCGAAGGCUAUUGUGUGUCUCGCUUCGCAGCUAGUCGUCGUUCAGCGAGCACACGAGAAUGUCGUCAGUGCAGCUUUCUGGUGCCGGACUCGCCGCUGUGGCCUUCACGAACAAGGCCUUAGCCUCGACGCCGUUGGCGCUCAGGGUCUGCUCGUCGAGGCGCUCGAUCCGUAGCCUAGUCGUCAAGGCUGCCACUGUUGUCACCCCAAAGUACACUUCACUAAAGCCUCUGGGAGACAGGGUGCUCGUGAAGCUUAGUGCUGCCGAGGAGAAGACGAUUGGUGGGAUUUUGCUUCCAUCGACCGUGCAGACUAAACCACAAGGAGGUGAGGUUGUUGCUGUUGGAGCGGGAAGGACCAUUGGGGAUGAGAAAAUAGAGGUCGGCAUAGAGACCGGGGCUCAAGUUGUAUAUUCGAAGUACGCAGGGACUGAGGUCGAAUUCAAUGACUCCAAGCAUCUCAUUCUAAAAGAGGAUGAUAUCAUUGGUAUUCUUGAGACUGAUGAUGUGAAGGAUAUGAAGCCUCUCAAUGAUCGUGUUCUCAUCAAGGUCGCAGAAGCCGAGGACAAAACUCCUGGGGGUCUUAUUCUCACUGAAACAACUAAAGAGAAGCCGUCCAUCGGAACGGUUGUAGCUGUUGGCCCAGGCCCUCUCGACGAGGAAGGCAAGAGGCAGCCUCUGUCAGUACCGGCUGGCAGCACCGUGCUGUACUCCAAGUACGCAGGGAGCGAGUUCAAGGGCGCAGACGGCACGGGUUACAUCGUGUUGAGAGCGUCGGAUGUGAUGGCCGUCCUCUCUUGAGCCUGCGGCCUAUUUCAGUUUUGAGUUCGCAAGCAAAAGAAGUUAGCAAGUGAUGAGAUUGCUUUGUGGUGAUCGUGUCUCCGCGCAGAUGAUGUUCCGGACAAUUGCCUAGAAUUGUAUGGUCACAAGUCGCAAACUUGUGGGGUAUAAAACAUUCGACAUCCGAUAGUGAGAGCACCGAGUUUAUUUACAAAGGAUGUUUUGGGGGGCAAAACUCCCCUCUUCCCUGCCUA